AUGCAUCUCCUCCUACUUCACAUGCUUUUGCUCCUGCCUCUGGGGAAGGCCAGCUGGCGCCUGGACGACCACCAGAGUCAGAGUGCUCUUUCCCUCGAGUUCCUAGAAAGGAGUCGAAGAGAGCUCCCCAUGGCCAGCCCCGAGGAAGCUGAAGAUAAGCCAGAUCUGUUUGUCGCAGUUCCACACCUGGUAGGCACCAGCCUGGUAGAGGAAGGCCGGAGGCAGAGAGAGAAGAUGCAGUCCAGGUUUGGCAGGUUCUGGAAGAAGCCUCAGAGAGACUUGCAUCCUCCUAGGGACUUGGAAAAUGAGUACUUCCCACUCACAACCCAAGCUCUCCCUCAGCCAAGGAAUGGGAUAAAAGUGGAGAAAUCUCCUGUCUGGGAAGAAGCCAAGAGAUUCUGGCACCACUUUAUGUUCAGAAAGGGUCCAGCUUCUCAGGGUGUUGUCCUGCCCAUCAAAAGCCAUGAAGUGCAUCAGGAGACCUGUAGGACAGUGCCCUUCAGCCAGACUGUCACCCAUGAGGACUGCGAAAAAGUAGUUGUCCAGAACAACCUUUGUUUUGGUAAAUGUGGGUCUGUUCAUUUUCCUGGAGCUGCACCCCGCCCGCACACCUUCCGCUUCCACUGUGCCCCGGCCAAGUUCACCACGUUGCACUUGCAGCUGAACUGCACCGGGCCUGCGCCUGUGGUCAAGGUAGUGAUGCAGGUGGAAGAAUGCCAGUGCAAGGUGAAGACAGAGCGUGGUUACGGACCCCGCCUCCACCCUGGCUCCCAGGACCCCUUCAUCCCGGACAUUUCCACUUAA